ACAAAAUCGCAUCUUUGCCUCUGCAAUUACGGCCUCCAUUCAUAACUGCCCUCGCUGGUCUAGAACGUGAGGACAUCAAAAAGUUAUUUAUUGCAGUUUUAGGUGAGUCAGGAGAAGAAUCCUGGAAUAGGUUGACAGUUCAAUCACCAUCGCUCAUCCAGUUCUCGAGCGUACCAUUAUUCUUGCUUCUUAAUGCGAUAGUUCACAAGUUCAACCCUGCAAAUCCACCCGAUACCAUGACAGAUGUAAUGAUACAAAUACUCUAUAUUUUUAUGCGAUCCGUUCAUGCUCAGGAAAGAAGGAACUUGAAACAAAAUAUUCGCAAAUUAAUGGGAAUGUCAUUCGAAGGCACAAAAGAAAAGCGAGUAAUUUUUACUAUCGAUGAUCUUCAGAAGUUUGGCCUUCAUUCAGAUGAGGUUCGCGAUCUUAUCAUAAAAGUGCCUGGAAAUAACAUGCUUUGCCAACAUCUCAUGGAAGGCGACAGUUUGAUGUUCUUCAGUCACCAAAUCCUUCAAGAAAUCCUAGCCAGUCUUUACAUUGCUAACAUGGAUCUUGCCACUUUCAAAUCAUUUAUCACUGAAGAGAUUCACGAUGAUCACUGGUCAGUUGUUCUGCGAUUCCUGUGUGGAAAUAUUUUCAAUCAAGAUAUCAAAACUGAAUUCCUGAAAGACCUUACAACUGUGAUCGAUCGAAAAGAGAAGGAAGCAUUACUUAGAGAAAACCUGAAGGCUAAGAUAAGUCAAUGUACAGAAGCGUAUCAAAAGUUGGAGUUGUUCGGUGCCUUGUAUGAGGCCAAUGAUGCCGAACUCAUUCGAUCCCAUGUGCAAAAAAUCAACUUUGAAAAUGAGUCUUUUACUGCUGCAGGAAUGUACGCAAUGUCGUCGGUUAUGCGACGUUGUGAUCACCUUGAGCAGUUUCGUCUUGUUAAAUGUGGCCUUAAUGCCGAGUUGAUGAAAUGCUUGGAGUUGAAUUUGAAAGGGUCAGGAUUGAAGGUAUCUGAGCUAGAUAUCAGUGGAAAUCAAAUGAAUAAACAAGCUUUCAAAAGUCUUGGUUCUGCUUUGGCAAGUAUUGAUGGAAAAGAAAUGGGGCUCAAACUUCAAAUGUGCGGUCUCACCAAAGAUAAAACUGAUGCACUUGGAAGGAAUUCGGGAUUCAAGAUUCACACUCUCGAUGUUCGAAACAACUCCAACAUCACAUUCGAUCUAUUUCUUGCAAUCGCUAAAGUUGCAACUCAGAGUGAAGUCGAGAAUCUUUUGACGGAUCCAUGUGAAGAGUUACAUCUAACUACAGAACAGCUGAUGGAACUGAGCAAAUGGAAAACUUGUGGAAAGAUUCGAACUCUUGAUGUUCGCAACAACUCCGAGAUCACAUUCGAUCUAUUUCUUGCAAUCGCUAAAGUUGCAACUCAGAGUGAAGUCAAGAAUCUUCUGACUGAUCCAUGUGAAGAGUUACAUGCAACUACAGAGCAGCUGAUGGAACUGAGCAAAUGGAAAACUUGUGGAAAGUUGGAUAAACUAGAUGUCAGUGGCAACAAGAACCUUGGCACUGCUGGUUGGGGUGAAGUUGGAAAAGUUGUUUUGCAAUGUCAGGUGAAGGCAUUUGAGGCUCGGAAUUGCAAUCUGACAGCAGAAGGCAUGGAAGCUUUCAAGGAAAACACUGGCAAUGCAAAGUUGGAUAAACUAGAUGUCAGUGGCAACAAGAACCUUGGCACUGCUGGUUGGGGUGAAGUUGGAAAAGUUGUUUUGCAAUGUCAGGUGAAGGCAUUUGAGGCUCGGAAUUGCAAUCUGACAGCAGAAGGCAUGGAAGCUUUCAAGGAAAACACUGGCAAUGCAAAGUUGGAUAAACUAGUUGUCAGUGGCAACAGGAAUCUUGGCACUGCUGGUUUUGCUGAAGUUGGAAAAGUUGUUACACAAUGUCAUGUGAAAGAAUUCGAGGCUCGGAAUUGCAAUCUGAGAGCAGAAGGAAUGAAAGCAUUCAGGGAAAAUACUCUCAAUGCAAAGUUGGAUAAACUAGUUGUCAGUGGCAACGAGAAUCUUGGCAGUGCUGGUUUUGCUGAAGUUGGAAAAGUUGUUACACAAUGUCAUGUGAAAGAAUUCGAGGCUCGGAAUUGCAAUUUGAGAGCAAAAGGAAUGAAAGCAUUCAGGGAAAAUACUCUCAAUGCAAAGAUUCACACUCUUGACGUUCGAAACAACUCCAAGAUCACAUUCGAUUUAUUUCUUGCAAUCGCUAAAGUUGCAACUCAGAGUGAAGUCAAAAAUCUUCUGACUGAUCCAUGUGGAGAGUUACAUCCAACUACAGAGCAGCUGAUAGAACUGAGCAAAUGGAAAACUUGUGGAAAGUUGAAUAAACUAGAUGUCAGUGGCAACAAGAACCUUGGCACUGCUGGUUGGGGUGAAGUUGGAAAAGUUGUUUUGCAAUGUCAGGUGAAGACAUUUGAGGCUUGGAAUUGCAAUCUGACAGCAGAAGGCAUGGAAGCAUUCAAGGAAAACACUGGCAAUGCAAAGUUGGAUAAACUAGAUGUCAGUGGCAACAAGAACCUUGGCACUGCUGGUUGGGGUGAAGUUGGAAAAAUUGUUUUGCAAUGUCAGGUGGAGGCAUUGGUGGCUCGGGAUUGCAAUCUGACAGCAGAAGGCAUGCAAGCAUUCAAGGAAAACACUGGCAAUGCAAAGAUUCACACUCUUGAUGUUCGGAACAACUCCAAGAUCACAUUCGAUUUAUUUCUUGCAAUCGCUAAAGUUGCAACUCAGAGUGAAGUCAAAAAUCUUCUGACUGAUCCAUGUGAAGAGUUACAUCCAACUACAGAGCAGCUGAUGGAACUGAGCAUAUGGAAAACUUGUGGAAAGAUUCACACUCUCGAUGUUCGAAACAACUCCAAGAUCACAUUCCGUUUAUUUCUUGCAAUCGCUAAAGUUGCAACUCAGAGUGAAGUCAAGAAUCUUCUGACUAAUCCAUGUGAAGAGUUACAUCUAACUACAGAGCAGCUGAUGGAAUUGAGCAAAUGGAAAACUUGUGGAAAGAUUCACACUCUCGAUGUUCGAAACAACUCCAAGAUCACAUUCGAUCUAUUUCUUGCAAUCGCUAAAGUUGCAACAUCUAGUAAAGUCGAGAAUCUUCUGACAAAUCCGUGUGAAGAGUUACAUCUAAUUACAGAGCAGCUGAUGGAAUUGAGCAAAUGGAAAACUUGUGGGAAGUUGGAUAAACUAGGUGUGAGUGGCAACAAGAACCUUGGCACUGCUGGUUGGGGUGAAGUUGGAAAAGUUGUUUUGCAAUGUCAGGUGAAGGCAUUUAAGGCUCGGAAUUGCAAUCUGACAGCAGAAGGCAUGGAAGCUUUCAAGGAAAACACUGGCAAUGCAAAGUUGAAUAAACUAGAUGUCAGUGGUAACAAGAACCUUGGCAUUACUGGUUUUGGUGAAGUUGGAAAAGUUGUUACACGAUGUCAGGUGAAGGCAUUGGUGGCUCGGGAUUGCAAUCUGACAGCAGAAGGCAUGAAAGCAUUCAAGGAAAACACUCUCAAUGCAAAGUUGGAUAAACUAGAUGUCAGUGGCAAUUGGUUCCUUGGCACUGCUGGUUUUGGUGAAGUUGGAUUAGUUGUUUCACAAUGUCAGGUGAAGACAUUAGAGGCUCGGAAUUGCAAUCUGACAGCAGAAGGAAUGAAGGCAUUCAAGGAAAACACUCGCAAUGCAAAGAUAAUAUUCUUGGAUCUGAGUGGGAACAAUGUCACCAAAUUCGGACUUGAAUGGUUAACUACAAUGAGUGAAAUUGUUCAUCAAUGCCAGGUUAAAACAUUGAAGAUGAGGAAUUGUUUAUUUACUAGAGAUCAGUUGAUAAGGUUCAAAGAAUUGAUCGCUGAUACAGAGGUUGAGUUCAUUGAUGCUCUGUGAUAAAAUUUGAUGAGGUAACACAAUAAAAUCAAUACCCAAACUAACCAAAAGGGAAAAUGAACCAUCCUGUGAAGACAAGGAGUCUAGCAAUUCUUUUACACAUGGUUGUAACAGAUGAUGCGGUAAAUGCAUCACGGCAACCAUUGAGGCUGGUUGAAGCCAUAAAUAGUGCAUUGGAUGAAAGUCUGAUGUUCCUGGUAUUUACUGACAUCUCUAAAUCACUGAUAAAUAGAUAUGUAUCGCAUCUGUGGGUGUUUACAUUUUUUUUUAUCAGCAAUCACUUCUUGCAAACUCGCUUAGAGUGAACUUAUAACAAACCUAAUUUAUUUGAAAUAACAUGAUAUUGAUUUUUCAUGUUGAAUUACAUUGUAACAAGAACGUAACUUCCAACUCGUAAAAAUCUGAUUGGUUACUUCAUUCAGUAGAAUGUGCUUCAUCAUAAGCUCUGUACAGUAUCUUAUUUAUGUAUAUUUUUCUUGGUUUGAUUUGCUUAUUGUAAUCUUCUAUAAUUUAAUAAUUAUGUGUUACUUUAUUGAAUGCCUGUAUUUCCAGAAUUAUUUUUUCAUAAUGUGAAGGCAAUAAUAAAUAUUAAUUAAGGUGGGCUGAGUUUUUGCAAACUAGCUUUGAGUCAACUUAUAAAAAACUUUUCAGUGAUUUAUCUCAAAGAACAUAAUUGUUUUCCCUUAAACAUACUUUAGCGAGCACUCCAGCAGUGUGUGUACCAAUAUGGAGGUAAUUCUGUUCGCCUAUUUUACAUCAAUUUGUGUAAAGGGACUGAAACCUAUGGGCAGUUGGAUAUUCACUUGGCUAACAUUGGCAUACCCAGAGCUCGUAAUAUAACUAAAAGAAGAAAAAUGGGAAUACACAUACUUUGGGAGUACCCUUUAGUGUUGGCAAACAAUAUUGAAACUAAUAUUGUCAUUGGUAUCUCUUAUUCAGUUUUUUAUGUAAUCUUUCCUAGUUAUUAUUAAUAUUUAUGUAUAUUUUAGAUUUUCAGUUAUAUGAGUAAAAUGUCUAUUGUUUUAUCUUUAAUUUUCACUUUCUGAUUUUUUCCAUUACUGUUUGAUCCAUGUAAGAUUGUAGUGAUAAAAUAGCCAUGUGUUUAUUUUAUAUAGUAUUCCUGUUGUUGCCAUGACAGUUAAUUAUUAUUUCACUCAUUGAUUGGAAAAGUAUGAAAAUAAGUUCUGGGAUAUUCAUCAAUAUCUGCACUCAGAACAAAAAAAGCAAUUAUUUAUAAUUUUGUCAUUCAAGCUUGACUGACUUAUUGUUGCC